GCGGCCGUCCCGACCCGACCCGUCCCGGCUCGGCUGUUGGCUCGGCCGGGCGGUGCGUGCUUGGGGGCCGGGGCUGCGGCGGGCAACGGGGCCGCGGGCUGAGGAGGAAGAAGAGGAGGAGGAAGAAGAGGAGGGGGAGGAGGCGGCGGCGCUCCCUCUCCGUCGGGACAAAGGGCUGCGGGCACGCAGGAGCCAUGGGCCGGCUGCCGCGUUAGGAGCAUCCCCGACCGGAGGGGUGAGGAGGAAAGCGGCCGCUGCUCCCCUUCCCCCGGCGGGGGCUGCGCGGGGCUGGAGAUGGAGCCGGCGGUGCGGCCGAGCGCGGAUAUCCUGAGGCGGAACCCGCAGCAGGACUACGAACUGAUCCAGCGGGUGGGGAGCGGCACCUACGGCGAUGUGUACAAGGCUAGAAAUCUUCAUACAGGAGAACUGGCUGCUGUGAAAAUAAUCAAGUUAGAGCCUGGAGAUGACUUUUCAUUGAUACAGCAAGAAAUUUAUAUGGUUAAAGAAUGCAAACAUUGCAAUAUAGUCGCCUAUUUUGGGAGCUAUCUCAGCCGUGAGAAGCUGUGGAUAUGCAUGGAAUACUGUGGUGGGGGAUCCCUCCAAGACAUUUACCAUGUAACAGGACCUCUGUCAGAGUUACAGAUUGCAUACGUAUGCAGAGAAACUUUACAGGGUCUUGCUUACUUGCAUAUGAAGGGCAAAAUGCACAGAGAUAUAAAGGGUGCAAAUAUUCUGCUAACAGACCACGGAGAUGUCAAAUUAGCUGACUUUGGUGUAGCAGCAAAAAUUACAGCCACCAUUGCGAAGAGGAAAUCAUUUAUUGGUACCCCUUACUGGAUGGCCCCAGAAGUGGCAGCAGUGGAAAAGAACGGCGGCUAUAACCAGCUCUGUGACAUCUGGGCAGUUGGCAUCACAGCCAUUGAACUUGCAGAGCUUCAGCCACCCAUGUUUGAUCUGCACCCCAUGAGGGCUUUGUUUUUAAUGUCAAAAAGUAACUUCCAGCCACCAAAGUUAAAGGAAAAAGCAAAAUGGUCAUCAACAUUCCAUAAUUUUGUCAAAAUAGCACUUACAAAAAACCCAAAGAAGAGGCCAACAGCAGACAGGCUCCUCUCUCAUAGCUUUGUAGGGCAGCCUGGGCUUUCAAGAUCUUUAGCAGUGGAGCUGUUGGACAAAGUCAAUAAUCCUGACCACCAUACACACUACAUUGGAGUUGAUGAUGAUGAUUUUGAGCCUCACUCCGUCAUCCGCCACACGAUUCGUUCUACCAACAGGAAUGUUAGGGCAGAAAGAACAGCAUCAGAGAUAAACUUUGAUAAGCUGCAGUUUGAGCCACCUCUACGGAAAGAAACAGAAGCUCGGGAUGAAAUGGUCGUGGCAGCUGGCACUGACUUUGCUUCACAUUGGAAUCCUUUCGUUGAUGGUGGAAGCAGCAAAUCAACACUAAAGCGAGCAGGGCCACCUCCACUACCUCCUAAGCCAAGAAUAAACAGUUAUCCAGAGGAAAACCUCCCUGACGAUGAGAAAUGUCAGACAAUAAAACAUUUCCCAGACUCACAGAACAGAGCCCCAGCAGCUCACAGGAGACAGAGCAUCCCUGUCUGUGGACCUCAGGCUGAUUCUUCCCCUGUUGGUAUGACCAGCAGCAUCAGUAGCCCUGGACUGCUCACAGCCAGAUACAGUGACUUAGGAAAUGGGGAAGGCAUGCUGAAACUCAUUGAAGAAAGUGUAGAAGGGUCUGGACAAAUCCCUCAGCUGCCACGGAAAAAAGAGAAAAGAGAUUUUCCUAAGCCUGCAAUCAAUGGUUUACCACCAACACCAAAGGUGCUGAUGGGAGCCUGUUUUUCCAAAGUCUUUGAUGGUUGUCCUUUGAAGAUUAAUUGUGCAACAUCAUGGAUACAUCCAGAUACUAAAGAUCAGUACAUUAUCUUUGGCACAGAAGAAGGUAUCUAUACUUUAAAUUUGAAUGAACUUCACGAAGCAACAAUGGAACAGUUAUUCCCCCGAAAGUGCACCUGGCUCUAUGUCAUCAAUAACACCUUAAUGUCCUUGUCAGAAGGAAAAACAUUCCAGCUCUACUCCCAUAAUUUAAUAGCUUUGUUUGAACAAGCCAAAAAAACAGGAUUAGCUGCUCACAUUCAAACCCAUCGGUUUCCUGACAAAAUAUUACCAAGGAAGUUUGCCUUAACCACGAAGAUCCCCGAUACAAAAGGAUGCCACAAAUGCUGCAUAGUACGAAAUCCAUACACAGGACAUAAGUACCUGUGUGGUGCAUUGCAGUCUGGAAUUGUUCUACUCCAGUGGUAUGAGCCAAUGCAGAAAUUCAUGUUAAUAAAGCACUUUGAUUUCCCUUUGCCAAGCCCUUUGAAUGUGUUUGAAAUGCUUGUGAUCCCAGAGCAGGAAUACCCCAUGGUCUGUGUAGCUAUCAGCAAGGGCACUGAACCAAAUCAGGUCGUUCAGUUUGAGACAAUCAACUUGAACUCUGCUUCUUCUUGGUUUACAGAAAUUGGUGCAGGCAAUCAGCAGUUAGAUGCCAUUCAUGUAACACAGCUGGAAAGAGACACUGUCCUUGUCUGCCUGGACAAAUUUGUGAAAAUUGUGAAUUUACAUGGGAAGCUGAAGUCAAGCAAGAAGUUGGCAUCUGAGCUGAGCUUUGAUUUCUGCAUUGAGUCAGUGGUGUGCCUUCAAGACAGUGUGCUGGCCUUCUGGAAACAUGGCAUGCAGGGCAAAAGCUUUAAGUCAGAUGAAGUCACCCAGGAGAUAUCAGAUGAAACCAGGGUUUUCCGUUUGCUGGGAUCAGACAGAGUGGUGGUGUUGGAAAGCAGGCCCACAGAAAACCCGACUGCCCACAGCAAUCUCUACAUCUUGGCUGGACAUGAAAAUAGUUACUAAGCAACAGGAACCUAACACAAAUGAGAGAGAGAAUUUGCCACACGAGGAACAAAAGCAGCCUUGGGAAGCUCAGCACAAGCGGGACUCUGACUUGUUGUUUCUUUUCUUGACACCUAAAUGAUGCUGGUUUAGGGUGGAAAUCAAUACAUUUUUGCAGCUGGGAACAGCUGGUUCUGUCUCUUGCCACUGUGUGGUUGGUUGUAUCGAGUUUGCUUAAUAAAAGCUAUGAGGUAAAUAGCCCUUUACUCAUUAGUUGUAGGGAAACAGAGCCUUUCAAAAAUGUUUUGCAGUAAAGGUGCCAUAAACUGUUAAAUAUUUUACUUCCCUUGGAUUUUCUUUGUAUUCUGUAGAUACAGUGCUGGCAGUUUUAUACUGAGUCUUACUCUUAAUUAAAAAGAUUCGUGUAGGAAGUGAAAGGAUCUGCAAAGCUUUUUGGUUUUAAAUCUGCCAUUCUGUAUGGCUUUGUAUAAUAGACUAUUUAAUCUUUAUUUAUUAAUCUGCUGCUAGAAUGGUGUAAUGUAUCUAACUUUUAGCAAAGGAAGGUUGCAGAGCAGCUUACACUUUUUUUUUUUUUUACAAUUGUAUAAAGAUUUGAUUAUUCUUUUUUUCUUGUAGGGAUGUAGUGCAUUAUUGAGGGGUAUGUUACAAUGUUGGUUGAUCUUGUAAAAAUGCAGUUUUGUACAACAAAGUAUUUUGUAUUGAUUUUUUUUCUUCUUUUUGCCUGCAGAAUUUGCCAUAAAAGGGAUUUUCUUAUUUACUACUAGAUGUAGGGUGUGUGUACACAAAAUACAAUAUUGGUAUCAGACAUGUUGCUCCUGGGUGGGUGUGUACAAUAUCCAUGUGUGUGUAUGUGUGUGUGUGUGUGUGUUAAGUUGACAGGCAGUGUGUCUUUUUUUUAUAUAUAUAUACAUAUUUAUAUAUAUAAAAAAAUGUACAAAAUAUAUAUGCUCUAUUUUCAUAAAUUAGGGAUCAGCCUUGUGAUGUGAAAUGGAAAUUGUACCUGAUCAUCAUCCUUAAUGAAUGAAAGUAUCAUGUAUCAAGCUGCCCAUGACGUGUAGUUUAUUUAUACUAUGCCAGAGGGGAACCCAGAGUGAGAACAGAGCUUAUGAGCUUUUGUGUUUCUCCAGUCAUCAAACUGUUGUCAGACAGUUGUUUGGAAAUGGUUAUUUCCCCAGAUGUGUAGUAUAAAUAAAUAUGAUAAGAACCAGUAUUCUAUAUAAAAGCUUUUGAUCACUUUUUCCCUGUCCCUCUUUGUCACCUGCCUCUUUUCUUUCUCUUUUUAUUUCUCCGUUGAAGAGUCACAUCAGUUCCUUUUGUCUUCCUCAUUAAUUACAAUUCUUGAGGUACCAUUAAUAUUAAUAUAAAUAUGAUCUGACUAUAGGAUAGCAUCUGGUUUUACUACCUCACAUUAAUCUGGUAGCUUUGAUGUCAGUAAACACAGUCCAGAGGCAGAUCCAGCAGCAGCUCAUAAACACUCAAACCGAGGGGUUUUGAAAUUAAAUCCUGCAGCCUUCUGCUGCCUUUUUAUCAUUUCUGUGAUCUGCUCCCCUAGGAAAGGCAGGUUAGGAGUUUCACAGGUCAUUUAAGUAAAGCAGUCAAGGUAAGUGUGUUCCAAGGGCUUGGUCUGUCUGAGGACUCUGCUGACACAGCGGCGCUGGAGUGGUUUGAUCUUCCCUGGCAACCUGAGGAGUGGGGCACGGGGUUGUCUGCUCAGGCAUCAGACUACACAAUUCAUAAUUUAACAUUGGGGGAAUUAACUCAGCACACAGAUGACUCAGUAAUGUCUGUCUGGGACUAGGUACAGCUGGAGGUUUACGUUGUUCUGAAGGUCUGGAAGGAAAAAUAAGACUGGCACCUAAUUUAGCAGUUUUCUCCACUUGGCAUUAAGACUAAUUCUUGUCAUUGACUUGGUGUUUAAAUCGAGUGGUUCGGUUCUGAACCUGUAUCAAAGUGUAAUAAAUAAUAAGUGUACAGAUAAAACUUUAAAAUCAGUUCACAUCAGCUGUAAUAGGAUCAGCAGAGUUAAAAGAGAGCCAUGUAAACUUUGUGUUUUAAAGCAAUUGAAAUUUCUAGGCUUUUGGGAAUUACUUCUCCAUAGGUAACAGUGAUUGGUGAUUAACUCUCAACUGGUAUAACUCCUAGGCUACAAAGAUGUUUAAUGAAAAUAAAGACAAAGUGGAGCACCAGGUGUUGUAGAGCAAACACUUUCACUUAACUUACCUCAUUCACUGCCAAAGGUAAUUCUGGCUUCACCUUUGAAAACACUUAAAAGACUAGAGAAAUCUGUAAAUAAACUAUGAAUAUUUAUGGGGAGUAACUGGAGUAAAUAACUCUUAGGUCAUUACAUGGUCAUGCAAAAGUAAUGAACUGAAAGUAUUUUCCUUUGAAUGACAUGACUGGUGAUUUGCUGAAUCAUAAAAAAUGAACCUAGGAAAGUCCUCAUUUAAUCACCCCCCCUUUUCUCAGCAUUUCUAAUGGUUUGAAAUGCUGAAAUGCUUUGGCUGGAAUGGUUUAAAAUGCCAGUGGCAUCUGGGGCAUGAUCUGCAAGAUGGUAUUUGCUGGUGUAAAAACCUCCCUGGUUACUCUUAGCCUGGAAUAUAGCACAAGGGAGGUAAAUGUUGCAUGCCCCAGUCAGCCUGGUGACUCUGACCAGGAUCAUUUGUAUUUGUGAGAUGGUUUAAGUUAGCCUGGUAUUGUCUGUAUCUUUAUUUCUGUGAUAUUUCAGCCAGGGUUGAGAAGGCCUAGUGUGUGGGUUUGGAGUAGAUAAAGCAAAAGCUUGCUCACCCCCUCCUUACUCUUUUGACAGAUAUCAAAGUAUGGGUUAUUUGAUGCACAAGGUUCAUGGAUUCAACUUGAAAGCCUUAAAACAGGCUCCCAGUGCUCUUUGAAAUGCAAACAGUGUUUGAAGAGCAGCCUGUAGAUAAGUCUCUUCUGAUUUCCUAACCAAAAUUCACUGUAACUGCAAAAUACAACUGUAAUUUUGAUGACAUCUCUUUAAAAGACGAAAGGUACAAUGCAUCAGUGAGCCACGACGUCUCUGGGUGAACAGGACAAGACUGGGAGACUUUCUGAAAUGUACUUUUUUUACCUUGUUUAGUCAUUAGAUUGUAACUGAGACUCUAACUGCACUCAUUCCAGUUUGUGUAUCUAGGCUUUGUUCUGCCUAAACUUCUGUUGCAGUUCAUUUCAGUCUAUGCCAAAUAAACUGCUUUAUUUGAUACC